AUGAGUGAUGUUGACUCCAUGGUGGACACUUUCACUUCCUACAUAAUCCAGCAUCAUAGAAGCAUGGAGAUCAAACAUCUCCAUGCUCCUAUGAAGAAAAAUACCUAUUUCAAGCGGCCUACACCCUGGAUCACUGACAAUAUUCGUCUUAUGUUCAGAUUGAGGGAGAACGCCAAACACAGAUGUCAUAAGACAAAAGAACCGCAUCAUAAGCAGUACUAUCUGGAUCUCAAACACGAGGCGGCCGCCGCAUUGGGAAGGGAAAAAUGUGCAUAUUUUACAAAAAACAUUAACGAACAAAGCAAAGAUCCCAAGCUGCUGUGGCGUAACUUAAAAUCAGAUGUUCUUCCGGACCACAAUGAGAGGCGACUGCCUAGUCACUUUGACAACCCAGAUAGUAUAAAUGCAGCCUUUUUAGACGUCCCGGGGAGUUGCAAUGGCAAUGACUCGUUGAUAUACAGUUUCCGUUCUCGCAGGCAUAGUCCAUCUGUGUUUUCGCUCACUGAGACCAACCAAGAAACAGUACUUAAAAUAAUCAGGGGUCUGGAAUCAAAUGCACGGGGUGUAGAUGGCAUCAGUCUAGACAUGCUCACACUCACACUACCUAGCACUUUGCAAGCCAUUACUGCUAUCAUCAACAAGUCCAUUGAAUCUUGUACAUUUCCUUGUCUCUGGCGUCGUGCAAUUGUUUGCCCCAUUCCUAAAGUCAAUGACCCGGUCAAUCUGAAAGAUCUCAGGCCAAUAAGUAUUCUACCAUGUCUGUCAAAGAUUCUGGAACGUGUGGUCUACUUACAGGUAGGGGGUGUUUGUGUAAAGAACAUCAGCUACGCGGAAGAUAUGGUGUUGCUGGGCCCGACUGCGAGGUCAAUCAAAGAGAUGCUCAAGGUGUGCAAAAAAUACGCCGCUUCAUAUGGUCUAAUUUACAAUGCAAAGAAAACCGAGUUCAUGGUCUUCGGGGCCGCCGACAAGUGUCCAGGCAAGAUUAUUUCAAUCACUUUGAACGGCGCUAAUAUAAAGCAGGUGACCAAGUUUAAGUAUCUGCUGGACCAUAUACUUGUCGAUGACCUUAAAGACGAUGAUGACGUGGAGAGGGAGCGCAGGGCGUUGGCGGUCCGCGGGAACAG